CACGUCGGGGCCAACUCUAUACUAUAUUAUAUAGUGAUUGUGUAGUAAUCGUCUACGUAUGCGUGACUCCCCACACUGGGAAGGUCAUACCAAUACCCACCAAUCAAUAUGGUAGCAGUUAUCCAGCGUUCUUGUUUAAAAGGACCGAUUCAAGUAUUGAUAUUGGUUUUCUUACUCACGGGGAAGUCCUUCGCCUCAUGGUUGUGGUUAGGCGUAGCCUCUGUUGGGACCGUUUCUUCCCCUCAAGAGGCAGAAGAAAUGGUAUGUAGUGUGGUUCCUGGUCUGGUGACCGCGCAAAAAACGGUAUGCAUAAAAAAACCUCAGACAAUCGUCAGUGUGAGCGAAGGAGCUCGCCUUGGAAUAACCGAAUGCCAAAAACAAUUCCAAAGAGAGCGAUGGAACUGUUCAACCACGGAUGAUGAUAGUGUAUUUGGGAAAAUCUUAGAGCAAGGUAACCGAGAGACGGCGUUUAUAUAUUCGGUGACAACUGCUGGUGUUGUGUACGCUGUGACCAGGGCAUGCAGUGCCGGUAACUUGACUGAUUGUACAUGUGAUAGGGAACACGGAGAGACACAUGAAGAGGGUUGGAACUGGAGAGGGUGCAGCGACAACAUUCAUUAUGCUAUUGGAUUUAGUAAGACUUUUGUCGAUGCUCCUGACAAGGCUUUUAAAGGAGAUUUGCUUCGUAGUCUGAUGAACUUGCAUAAUAACGAAGUUGGACGUAAGGCGAUUGAAGAGCAGAUGGACAUACAGUGCAGAUGCCACGGUGUUUCUGGUUCUUGUAAUGUGAAAUCUUGUUGGAAAACUAUGCCUCAUUUUCCGAAUGUUGGCGACUAUCUUAAGACGAGGUACGAAUCUUCUGUCGAGCUUCACCCUCGAGCGAAAAAACGUUUGCGACGAAAAGACAGAAAGAACCGCAAAGUUCCUAUCAAUACUACGGAGAUGGUUUAUAUGGACCAGUCGCCGAAUUACUGCAUGGAGGAUACAUUAAACGGGGUCCCUGGUACCAGUGGUAGGGAGUGCAACAGGACCUCAUUACUAGCAGACAGUUGUGAUUUGUUAUGCUGCGGACGAGGUUAUAACACACAGGUUGUUCGCUACGUUGAACGAUGCGGCUGCAAGUUCAUUUGGUGUUGCUAUGUGAAAUGUAACACGUGUGAGACGAUGAUUGACAGAUACACCUGCAAAUGAAAGUCAACAAUAGUAAACUUUGUAGCCAGGGAAACCACGAAUGGGGUAGGAAAUAGGAGUCCCAUUUGCUGACAUUGUUCCAGAGUUUUUUUCAUUUACACAAAAUCAUGUCUAUCGUUAAAGAAUUAUAUAAUUAUAUAUAUAUAACAUAUACUGUAUUAAUGAUAUUCAAAGGUCAUUUUAACCCCGCCUAAAUCAACAGAAGAAAUAGGAUCAUUCUUUGUAUUAAUUAAACUACAUGAUAUAUCCAUAAUAGGCGACUUUAUCAAAAUGAGUGUAUGUAUAAUUGCAUGAAUAGCUCAUAUACGACACACGGCAGAUACAAGGAACAAUUUCAUUGGCAACAAGUGAUUAAAAAGCCAGUAAAAGUUGAAUGUAAAUGUUCUCAUAUAAUAUAAAGUUUAGUGCAUAAACAUAAACUGCAAAUUUGUAUUAUUUAAAGCUUAAAAUCGACUUAUUUUAGUUAGAAUGAUCAAGUGAACGAUUGUGGCGUGAAUGUUGCGCCAUUGGGUUUACUGUCCUUGACCUUAGAAGACGAAGGUAUACGUGGCAUGGGUAGAUAUUUGCGAAGUGGGAAUGGUCGAUCAAUCGAUACGCUUGUCUCAUCAAAGAAGAACUUUCGAUUCGCACAGCUUUGUACAAAAACUGUAAUAGAUAAACAACAAAGACAUUUAUAUUAAUGUUAGGCAGUUCAUAUAAAUACAUAUGGAACUGUUUUUAUAUUUCAUCACUGCACACAUGUUAAUGUAUUGAUAUAGAUUUUAAGCAAUCCAGUGAGCACACGUGUAUUUAUGAUAAUAUUAUAGUAUCUAUACUACCGUACAAGUAUCAGUUACACAUUCUUACGAUGGUAUUUCAUAAUAUCUUUCAAUCGUUGUCAUCAUAAUACAUCUACAUAUCCAGUGACAGAAUGUUGUAUAUUAUCAGUUAUCCAUACACCACAUCAUAAACCAUUUCCAUUACUCUCGUACUUUAUUAUGUUAUGUAAAAGGUUCCGGUUACAUUGUCAACUGUUUAUGUUGUUAAUAUUGCCAGAAUGGAUGUAAAUAUUUGUCACUUCAUAAAAGUAGUUUAUCUCAUGAAAGUCGUGCUAUGUCGUUUCUUACGUCAAUCAAUCAGAGGCGGCGACACGAAAUGUUGCAUGGGGGGCGAGGUCUGAAAUAUAGACCCUCUGAAACGAUAUUUCUUGCAUUUUGAGGGGCAAAUUUUGCUGACACAAAGGGUUUCAGCUUGAUUUCUUUUCGGGUGGGCGACCGCCCCGAGGCCGGCGCCACUGUUUUGUAAAGUUCUUUGCCAUGACGUCACAUUAGUUGCUAUCGCAUGAAUACUACGUCAUUGAAACAUAUGAAGCUCUUUGGCACGAAAGAAAAAUGACAAAUAAUUUAUAAUAACAAUUGUAAGCAAGGCGAAAUUAAAUCAGUUAUAUUUGUUUUCAAUCCGUGUACUAACCGUAUGACAAAUCUGCUGCAUUUGAGCACCACCAUAUGUGAACAGACGACAAAUUCAUAGCAAACAUUCAAGUGAACAUUGUGACUUGCAUUUAACAGAACGCUAUAUAUUAUGUAUAUACAAUUAUGUGGCGAUAAUAAAAUAUUAUUUGUUUAUCAAAAA